UGCUAAAGGAGGGACGGGGAUAGUGGGAGAAGGAGGAAUCCGGGAGGGAAUGUGUGUAGGAAGUUCGCGAUCCGGUUGUGGCUGAGGAGCGUGGGAAUGUAGCGCGAACUCGCCCGAGAAAGGGGUUGAAGACCUCGCCUUGAGCAGUGGAAGGAGAAAGAAGCUGUUGCCUGAGUCCCUGCAAACCUUACCUUGUGGCCUGCUUCGUGGAAAUUUGAAUGCUUUGAGAAGUUACCUAGUAGUGCAUGGCCAUGGGCUAGGAAAUCCCGUUUCUCUUCAGUAUCCUUCUUGCUGCAAGGAGAAGCCUCUGGAGGUCCAGGGGGUUAGAAAUGUGACUCAGGAAGCCCCCUGACGAUGUUCCCAGGAAUGCUGUCUCCUCUGGGAGCCAGGGAAACAUAGGAAAGGCCUCAUGGGACUGGAAGGUUUUGGACCUAACACUUCCUGGGGGCUGGUGGGCCUGUGCCAUGGGGGUGGGGUUUGCAAGCUGGGACCUGUCAUUCUACCUUGCCACAUCACCUGACUUGGGGGAGAAGUCCAUGUGGUUGACCUCCAGAAACUCCAUGGAGACAUCUCCAAUAGGGUUUUGGUCUUCUCCCAUUUUCCUCCCCUUUUCUCUCUUCGUGGGGGUCCCCUGAACUCCCUGGGACUUGAAGGGGCAACUCUUUGUCAGUGAAGCACUAGCAAUGCUUCCUCCUCUGCAUGGAAGCUUGGGGGAGAUGGUGACUUACCCUGAUGGUCCAGCAAUUGGCUCUGGCCUCUGUCAGGGGUGGAAGCUCCAGAUGUGGCUUGUGUCUGGUUCCGAGAAGACACCAGUGGAGAGACUAGGGUGUCAGGAGGGAGCUGAGGAUCAGGAGUGGAUGAGGGAGGCUUUUCCCAGCUCCCAGCAGAUAGCCAUAAGGCGUCAGACCAAGUUACAUCCUGAGUUCCUUGAAACCCGAUGUUUCAGGGACAUCUCUGACUAUGCUGGAGUUUGGGGCUAUUCGAGGAGUAGGGGGUGAAGGGGAUGGAGGAGAGUGCUGGAUUGAUGAUAAGGGUACUGGGACAGAAUAGUUGCAGUUUUCCUGUAGCCAGAGCUCCCAGUUUCUACUUGCCCAGGACAUCUGGGGCCUUCUGAAAAUCAAGGAAGGGACAAAUACAAGAGGAAUGGAGAGCCUUAUGCUCAUGACUCAGAUGCCCACAGCAGGGUGAGGACCUUGUGAGAUGACCUUGUGACAAGAGGGAACAAGAGCAAAAGCUGGAGCAGAACUUUGAGAUGGGGCUCGGGGCCACUCUCGUGCUCAGCCCAGGCUCGGCAGCCAGCCGCGUGGCCUCUGGACGAGGGACUGCACCAUCCUCCUCUCCCAGCAAGGGGGCUCCAGAGACUGCCCCAGCCAGGAAGUCUGGUGGCCUGGGGAUUCGGACAGUCCCCUUGGUAAUGUCCAGGGCUCCAGGAAGAGAUGUCCUUGUGGCUGGAGGCCUCUGUGCCCGAUGUUUCUCUUGACUCUGCGGUGGAGCUGUGGGAGCCGGAGGCACGAGAUGCAAGCAGCCAGGCGCUGGGAGGCAGCAACGGCACCCUCAGGGAGCAAGCCAGGACGCCUCAAUCCAUGGGCAGCACUUCAGGGCUGGGGCUGGAGGCAAUGGAGCCCGCAGCCCUGCUCCUCAGGGCAGAAGCCCCCCGAGACUCCAUAGAGCUCCAUCCACCAAAGCGGAAAAAAGGGCCCGCCCCCAAAAUGCUGGGGAACGAGCUGUGCAGUGUGUGUGGGGACAAGGCCUCGGGCUUCCACUACAACGUGCUAAGCUGUGAGGGCUGCAAGGGAUUCUUCCGCCGCAGUGUCAUCAAGGGGGCGCGUUACAUCUGCCACAGCGGUGGCCACUGCCCCAUGGACACCUAUAUGCGUCGCAAGUGCCAGGAGUGUCGGCUUCGCAAAUGCCGCCAGGCUGGCAUGCGGGAGGAGUGUGUCCUGUCAGAAGAACAGAUCCGCCUAAAGAAACUGAAGCGGCAAGAGGAGGAACAGGCUCAAGCCAUGUCCAUGCCCCCAAGGGCUUCCUCGCCUCCCCAAGUCCUGCCCCAGCUCAGCCCGGAGCAACUGGGCAUGAUUGAGAAGUUAGUUGCUGCCCAGCAGCAGUGUAAUAGACGCUCCUUCUCUGACCGGCUUCGGGUCACGCCUUGGCCCAUGGCACCAGACCCCCAGAGCCGGGAGGCCCGCCAACAGCGCUUUGCCCACUUCACUGAGCUGGCCAUCGUCUCGGUGCAGGAGAUCGUUGAUUUUGCCAAGCAGCUGCCUGGCUUCCUGCAGCUCAGCCGAGAGGACCAGAUCGCCCUGCUGAAGACUUCUGCCAUUGAAGUGAUGCUUCUGGAGACAUCUCGGAGGUACAACCCCGGGAGUGAGAGUAUCACCUUCCUCAAGGAUUUCAGUUAUAACCGGGAAGACUUUGCCAAAGCAGGGCUGCAGGUGGAGUUCAUCAACCCCAUCUUCGAGUUCUCCAGAGCCAUGAAUGAGCUGCAACUCAAUGAUGCCGAGUUUGCUCUGCUCAUUGCCAUCAGCAUCUUCUCUGCAGGACCGGCUGAUGUUCCCACGGAUGCUAAUGAAACUGGUGAGCCUCCGUACACUGAGCAGCGUCCACUCAGAGCAGGUGUUUGCACUGCGCCUGCAGGACAAAAAGCUUCCCCCACUGCUCUCGGAGAUCUGGGAUGUGCACGAAUGAUUGUUCUCCCAUACCUUCUCUUUUCUGGGCUGGACUGGCUGAGACCCGGUGACUGCCUCCUAGAGAGGGAGCAGACUGAGAAGGGCAAACAUUCCCAGGGGCUGGGGGAGGGAGACCCUUAUGGGGCAUUAAAGGAGAGUCAAAGGGCUGGGAGUUCUGUGGCUGCUGGGUAGUAGAGGGUCCUGUUAAAGCUGCACUCCAUCAGAAGACAGUACUGACCCAGUCAAAUGGGUGAACCUGGGGAGCCACUUUGCACAAGAUUCUCCAGGGCUCUGCCCAUCCUGCCACCACCACUUCCUGUUUUCCCCACGGAGCCCCAAGAGAAAUUCUCCAUUGUCACCCCGUGGCUUGGCUAUAAAUGCCUCAGGGCUUUCUCACUGA